AUGGCGUCCGCUCAGCCACCGUUCGGGACGCGCUCCUACAACGCAGGCAGAUUGCCCGAUCGAUCCGUCAAUGCCAAUGCGAUGCCACUCAGUGCUUCGUCGUUCUCGCGGCAACGACUAGGCGGGCCCGGACCUAGCGACUUUGGGCCCGAGGCGGCCAAAGCCUCGCAGCAGGCCCCGGCUCCCCCGGUGCAUUCGCAGACUCACGGUCCCUCGCAGGACUCGAAUCCGCUGAGUCGGUUAACGGAGGAGCAGCGUGAGGAGAUCAAUGAAGCUUUCACACUCUUCGACCUCGACCGCGACCAACACCUCGACUACCACGAACUCCGCGUCGCCUUCCGCGCCCUCGGCUUCACGCUCCCCAAACAAGAACUAAUCUCCCUCCUAACGACCUACGGCGUACCCCGCCCCCAAGUCCAACAAGCCGCAGCCCAACAAUCACAGCACCAGCAGCAGUCGCGCGCCGCGCCGGCCACGAACCCCCAACACCCAUCCAACCUGCUCAUGCCGCUCUCUGCCUUCCAGGCCGUCACGGCGCUGAAGAUCCUCGAGCGGGAUCCGCGCGACGAGAUCCUGCGGGCGUUUGAACUCUUCGACGAGGGCGGAAAGGGAUACAUCGAUUUGGAGGAUCUGCGACGCGUGGCGCGCGAGUUGGGCGAGACGGGCCUCGAGGAGGAGGAGCUGCGCGCUAUGAUCGAGGAGUUCGAUCUGGAGGGCGUGGGCGGUGUUACGAGGGAGGCGUUUGUGAGUAUCUGCUGGCAGUGA